AUGGCACUCUGCAAGCAACAUCUGAGCAUCUCCUGUUUUACCACUCCUGAAGGCCCGAAGCCCCAUUCUAGAUGUUCAGACUGGGCAAGUGCAGUUGAAGAGGAUGAAAUGAGGACCAGAGUUAACAAAGAAAUUGCAAGAUAUAAAAGAAAACUCAUAAAUGACUUUGGGAGAGAGAGAAAAUCCUCAUCAGGAAGUUCUGACUCCAAGGAGGCGGGGUCCACGGUGCCAGCUGACUUAGAGACAGAUGAGAGCGUCCUGAUGAGAAGGCAGAAGCAGAUCAAUUACGGGAAGAACACCAUCGCCUACGACCGCUAUAUUAAAGAAGUCCCGAGACACCUUCGACAGCCCGGCAUCCAUCCCAAGACCCCCAACAAAUUCAAGAAGUAUAGUCGACGAUCGUGGGACCAGCAGAUCAAGCUCUGGAAGGUGGCUCUGCAUUUUUGGGAUCCUCCAGCUGAAGAAGGAUGUGAUUUGCAGGAAAUACAUCCUGUGGACCUCGGCGAGAUGGAGACUGAGUCUGCAGAAAGCAGCUCCGAGUCCCAUACAAGCUCUCAGGACAACUUCGACAUGUACUCUGGCACACCCACUAAAGUCAGGCACGUGGACUGCCGAGUGGAGGACGAGUUUGAUUUGGAAGCUUGUUUAACUGAGCCCUUGAAAGAUUUCUCAGCCAUGAGCUAACUGAUGCCACCUGGGGGCCACUGGGAGCAAGAGUUGCCUCCACCUGGCAGGUUGGGGGCCGGCCGAGCAUGUGUCCUGUGUUGGUAACCGGAUGGUUUCUGUUCCUAGUUCAUUAUCUUAUUAUCUCAUGGUGAAUUGUUAUUCUUGCCUUAUUUUCUUAAGACACGUUAAUUUUGUGUAUAGUGAAUGUAUUUUGCAUGUUUUAAAUUGUAAAUGGAACUAAAUCCAAGGAAAAUUGAACUUGACGCAGUCUUGAAAACUUAAUUGCUUAAUCUCUACCAUCCUCCAAGUUAACCUGACGAGCAUAUUUUAACUGAUUUUCCGCCAGUAUGUUAGAUGUUACGUUGUUACUUGUCAGAUGGCUGGUUUGGGGUUAGUCACACAUUCAUGGGGCCAGUUAUGCAUCAGCUUUCUUUACUGGUAUCUGAAUAUUCUCAUAAUUGGAUAAUUUUAGUAUCUUUACGGAAACUUAAUUUUGGGCCUUUUGUUAGUACGUCAAGGUGUGUUUUUUUUCCCUCCUACAGAGCACUGAAUAGUCGAAGGUAGUAAAUUGAGCUGUUACGGGAUUUUAUGUAAGUUACACAGUCUUAAUUUGGUACUUGUAAAUAGCGCUAGGUAGGCCUUCUACCUGUAAUACUCCAAGAGUUAAGGCAGCAGAGGGGUUUAGAAAGAACAUUUUUUUACAGUCAGUUAAUUUACCAUGUAAAAUUGCUGUAAAUGAUAAUGUGUACAGAUUUUCUGUUCAAAUAUUCAAUUGUAAACUUGUUAAGACUGUUAUGUUUCUAUUGCUUUUGUAUGGAAUGAUAUUACAAAAAUAAAAAAGAACCUU